AUGAUUGCAGCUAUUCUUCUAGCUGGAUGUACCGCUGAAAAUCUCAAUGAGAUCUGCCUUGUUUCUCUGUCUUACUCUGGUAAUUCAACGCCAACUGUGCUCAAUACCACAAAUACAAUUUCCAACUUCUCUUCUACGGCGACAACCGACAAUUCGUUGGAAAUUCGGGUUGGCUACUUUGGCAUGUGUCUGAUGAGCUCAGACCAGUGGAUCUGCUCCAAGGACUCUCGAGCUCUCGAAUCCUUUGCAAGCCGAACUCAGACUGGGGUGGCUUACGACCCCUUGAAGGUGAUUUCCGCCGCUGAGAGAUUUAAAGACGAAGUCAUCUUCAAAGGCUUGCAUUUCAUUUCCAUCAUCUUCGGAUUUGCCACUUUCAUAUUAUUGGCUACCUUUCCGAACUGGUACGAGACCGAAAACUCGGAGGGAAGCAGUAUCGAGAUCAAGCCGUUUCCUUCAAGACCAAUAUCUCACGUUGCCCUAGCAUGUGUCUUCGUCUCGGCUCUGAUCUCACUUCUUGCUACCUUCUGGCAGCACUUGUCAAGUUCCGCUGCAAUAGCGAUGAGUUCUGCAUUCACCCAAGGGGCAGUAACAGGCCAUGUAGGGGCUGCUAGCAUGGCGCUCGGAUGGACUUCGGUGUUCCUUUUGAUGGUCACGUUCAUUGGUCUUCUCGUUAUGAUACUGGCCAUAAGGGUGCUCUCACAGAUGGUUGACUAA